CCUUCGCUGGCGGGACGCGCGCGCGGGAGCGGCGGCCGGGGCGGCGGUCCGUGAGAUCUGUUCCCCACCUUCCAUAAAAAUGUCCAAGCAGCAACCUGCUCAGUUUACCAAUCCAGAAACCCCUGGCUAUGUUGGAUUUGCAAACCUUCCCAAUCAGGUUCACCGGAAGUCUGUGAAAAAGGGCUUUGAAUUUACUCUUAUGGUGGUUGGUGAAUCUGGAUUGGGAAAAUCUACAUUAAUAAACAGCCUCUUCUUGACAGACCUCUACCCAGAAAGAAUAAUCCCAGGAGCUGCUGAGAAGAUUGAGAGGACUGUGCAGAUUGAAGCCUCAACAGUGGAAAUUGAAGAGAGGGGUGUGAAACUACGUCUGACGGUUGUAGAUACACCCGGCUACGGGGAUGCUAUCAACUGUAGAGACUGUUUUAAGACCAUCAUCUCUUACAUUGAUGAGCAGUUUGAGCGAUACCUGCAUGAUGAGAGUGGUUUGAACAGAAGGCAUAUUAUAGAUAACAGGGUUCAUUGCUGCUUCUAUUUCAUUUCACCGUUUGGUCAUGGCCUUAAGCCUCUGGAUGUUGAGUUUAUGAAGGCCAUACACAACAAAGUAAAUAUUGUACCAGUGAUUGCAAAAGCUGAUACUCUUUCUCUGAAAGAGAGAGAAAGACUAAAGAAAAGGAUUCUUGAUGAAAUAGAAGAGCAUGGCAUCAAGAUUUAUCACCUGCCUGAUGCUGAAUCAGAUGAGGAUGAAGAUUUUAAAGAGCAAACCAGACUCCUGAAGGCCAGCAUUCCAUUUUGUGUAGUGGGAUCCAAUCAACUCAUUGAAGCCAAAGGUAAAAAAGUUAGAGGUCGACUCUACCCAUGGGGUGUAGUUGAAGUGGAGAACCCAGAACAUAAUGACUUCCUGAAGCUGAGGACCAUGUUAAUCACCCAUAUGCAAGAUCUUCAGGAGGUGACCCAGGAUCUUCACUAUGAGAACUUCCGCUCAGAGAGGCUCAAACGAGGUGGCAGGAAAAUAGAAGAUGAAGAAGUAAAUAAAGACCAGAUUCUGCUUGAAAAAGAAGCUGAACUUCGUCGCAUGCAGGAGAUGAUUGCAAGAAUGCAGGCACAGAUGCAGAUGCAGAUGCAAAGUGGAGAAGGAGAUAGUAGUGCAGUUCAUGGACACCAUGUAUAAAGUCUUUGAGUACUUAAAGGAGACCUUCUGGAGUUGAAUUUGGUGUUACACCAGGCCAGAUACCUUUUGCCCAACGUGUGACUUGGAGUUUGCUUUAGAGUUUGAUGUGGAUGUGCUUUGUGAUAACUCUUGUGAUACGUAUUUUAUAACAGGUAGUCAGUUGAUAUUUUAUAUAUUAUACACAUUUGAGUUUGGUUUUGUUUAGUAAUUCUUAUAUUGAGCUUAUUAGGAAUACAAAAUAAACCUUGAAACUUUUCUAGCCUGAUGUGGCAUUAGAUAAUAAUUUUUUAGUAUAGUUUAUUAGCUCCUUGCUUUUAACUUCACAUUACUUUUAGGAAUAAGCAGCUGUCAGUGGUACCUUGUUCAGUGGCAUGUAACAGUCACCUCACUAGGGAUCCCUGCAAGGUUAGUUUUAUGUUUUUUGCAGUGUUUACAGGGAUGUGUCUGUGAGACCAUCAGGCCUUUUUCUGUCUCUGCUCAGUGCAGAUGAUUUCCUUGGACUCUGCAAGUAUCAAAAUUCAAGCAUGCCUUUUGUCUUAACAAAAGAAAUAAGAGGAAAUGCCUCUUUGAGGGGCAUACUGUAUUUUACAUGACAGGCACAAUUUCCUUCAGAUUUAACCUUGAGGGACAUAUCUUCUUUAUUGUUUGCCUAAAAUUUCUUAGUCUGUUGCAGAUAAUUUUUAAGAGUUUCUUGUAGGUUAGCACAAAUCAAUCCUGCUAUUUUCUGGCACUACUGUGGCCAAAUAAACUUGAAUAAUGCUGAUACUGUUAACUGAGGUAAACCCCAAAGAGUAGUUUUCUAUGCAAGGGCAUUCCCUAUAUCCAAAUGCAUAAGGAAUGCUGUAAUUCCCAAUGAGUAUUUUCAUAGGUUUUUCACGGCACUGCAAACUGUUAAUUGCAGUAUAAAAUCUAUACUAGCACACUUCUCUUUUUUUAAAGUGAUCUGUGCCUGACAGCAUCAAUGCAAACUGUAUUUUAAGGUCUUGCUCCAAGAUGGAGUUAGCAGUAUUACUUUGGAAGUGACUCUGGCAAGUUAUGCUUUUUAGAGGCCACUUUCCUUGACACUGAUAGUAAAGGAGACUGGUUUGUAGCUUGGCUGGACUUCUACAUAUCAUGUCUGGUAUUUUAUUUGCAGAACAUAACAGCUUCUGAUGUACAGCUACCUCCAUGGCAGCUGGUAGGGGAAGCAAUAAUACACUGUGGUUGUUUUUUCUGCUGCUUUUGAUAAAGCCAGCAAUCAGAUUUCCUAAUCUCAUCUGUUACUAAAUGUUAUUAUCUGAACAGCUAAUAAAUAGAAUUGCAACUUUUUUCUCUUCUUUGAGCUCAGGUGCAGCUGUGAUUGUAUUUUUAAAUUUUUGUUUAAUCUUUCUUCAAAAAAAAUAAGAGUAUUUCUCCAGGUAACGUAUAAUUUCAGUGGUACUUAAGAGGUUAGGUUAAAUAUAAACCUGCUAAGCAACUGAAAUUUUUACCUGCCUAAAACUGCUGUUGAUGAAUUGGUUUGUAUUUGAAUCUUUCUAAAAAUGUGAAGUAAAAAUCUUGCAUCUUAGCUUUUACCUGGGGAGCUCCAGUUUUGUUCUCAAAAGCAAUUGCUGUCCAGGUUUUUAACAACUCAUUUGACCUUCCCUAACCUUGCCAAAAGUGAAAAUGAGAACCUUUGUGUAAAAUGAGAUGCAUAGAAAUGUUAAGUCCCUAUUUGUCAGGUAUUGAUGUGUAAAACUUAGAUGGAACAACUUUUAAGUUCUUGUCUUGCUAUUUCUGAAGAGUGUGUAGAAACAAAGUAAUGUGGCAGUAUUGUCAGAAAGCACUCCAGAUCACCUUGCUUAUUUCUAAAUCUUUUGACAUGUUGUUGUGAAUCAGUUGUCAUCAAUUUACCAAAAGAAAGUGACUGUGAAGUUAUCAAUUACUUGGUGAAGUCACGUGCUGUUCUUCAGUUGCCACAAACCUGUUGGUUGUUUUGGUUUUUUUUCCUGAUAAUGCAGCAUUUGUCUACUUUUAAGCUAUUCCCUGGUAUCUCUGUUAAGUGUUUGGAACUCUGUAUGCUUCAGAUGCUGUUGCCAAGGAGAGCAACUCCGGGACAUUUGUGUUGUCACCUAUAAGCUUGGUAGGGUAUGGUAGUGAACCUGUACUUGAAGCAAAACUGUGAAAUCAAAAAUGUAUGCCAAGGGGGAGUGGCUGUACAUGUAACUCUGUAUGUUGGGUUUUUUUCCUUCAUUUUCUAACAUGGGAACAAAAGCAGAUUGUGCAUUUAGUGGUUUGGUCACUUCCUGUUGAAUUCUUUUAGGCAAUAUCUUCUUCUUUGAAAUACCAUUGUUAAAAUACUAGAUGGAGAAGAAGUAUUCUGUUUGAUUCUUAGGCAAAGAAUUUUCCAUCUGCACAUUCUAGCAGGAGGAAUAUUUUCAUAUAUUUCUUUUGUUUUUAAUAGGGAAAAGCAAGUUUAUGGCACUUGCCAUUUUAACUGAAAUACUUAUAACAGCUAAUUGUUUCUUCUUCCAAAGUCUUUGGGCCAGUGAUUCAUAGUGUGCUUGAUGACUCUGAAGAUCUACUUCCCUGUCACUUUUCUUGUGAUGGUGUUGGAGUUAAUGGCUUCAUGGUAAGACAUGAAAAGUGAGUCUUGUUUUCUCAGAUUCUGUCUCAGACAGACUCAACUACUGGUAGAAGAAAGACUUGGAGACAAAAGGUAGAUGUUUGGUGGCUUGCUGAGCUGGCCACAGUUCUUUUUCUGGUACAGUAAUGCUUUAUUUUAGGAGCCAAAAUUAUUUUUGAAUUUGCAGAUGUUUAUGGUUGGUGUCAAAAGUUACUUGCUCUUGGUACAGAAUUCUGUUAUAUUCUGUUUUGUGUACUGUCAUUAGCCAAACUGUAAUAAAAAUGCUAAAAUACA